ACUAACGGAGAGGAAUAGGGACCAAGGUUAAAGCAGGGAGAUGAAUGCAUCUCAGGAAAAAAAUAUGAAUGAUCUAAUUCAACGUAAAUAUUAUAAGCAUAAAUAUGAUUGACUUGUUCACCAACAGAGAAUGCUGAAAUAAAUGACAGAGAAACACUGAUAAGCUUAUGGCCAUCUAGUGUGUGCAGAGUAAACUGGGCUCACCCAGCAGAGUGAUGUCCUCUCCAGGAAUGGGCACCCCCAGUGACCCUCUCUUGGCCAGUUCAGGAGGGAGGUCUUCAGAGAGACUAUUGGGUACCACAAAUGAUGGCCUCUGGAGGAGCUCCAUGCCCAAGACGGCCAGCUUCCCAUCGUCUACCACGCGCCUCUUGAGUCACCGUGCCAACAACUUCCAGAGACCCCCGAAGUGUUGGAAGCUGAUCAGACCAUCCCCACCCCCACCGCCCAACACCCCCUGCCCCCUGGAUCAGCUGGACCUCAGUGAGCUACCCCCUCGCCGCACCUUCCCAGAGCUGCUCUUCAAUGGCUGCGUCCUGUUUGGCAUCGAGUUCAGCUAUGCCAUGGAGACGGCCUAUGUCACCCCUGUCCUGCUACAGAUGGGUCUGCCAGACCAGUUCUACAGCCUGGUGUGGUUCACCAGUCCUAUAUUGGGAUUCCUUGUCCAGCCUCUCCUGGGAGCUUGGAGUGACCGCUGUACAUCCCGCUUUGGCCGGCGGAGACCGUUUAUUUUGGCCUUGGCUAUAGGAGCUCUGCUUGGUUUAACACUGGUGCUGAAUGGGCGGGACAUUGGAGCUGCGGUGGCAGACACAGCAACCAGUCACAAGUGGGGCAUCAUACUGACUAUUUGUGGAGUGGUUCUGAUGGACUUCAGUGCGGACUCGGCAGAUAACCCCAGCCAUGCCUACAUGAUGGACGUGUGCCUGCCAGAGGACCAGGAUCGUGGCCUCAAUAUUCAUGCACUACUGGCAGGACUGGGUGGUGGAUUCGGGUACAUCGUGGGUGGAAUUAACUGGGACCACACUGAUUUCGGGAGAUCAAUGGGAGGUCAACUUCGAGUCAUAUACAUGUUCACCAGUGUCACUUUGGUCAUUGCCACAUGCAUGACCCUCAACAGCAUCCCCGAGCGGCCCCUGCCAAAGACGCAGCUUCAGAAGGGCUCUCUGAAGAGCCCCAGCCUCCCUCUACCCCCCUCUCCCCCAGACCCUCAGGGGGCAGGGCUGGGAUUGGAAGAGGAAGUGGCUGGGCUCAAUAACUACCAGUUCUCUGAACCCCGCCCCUCGAACUCUGACGCCAACACACGCCUCUGUGCCAGCCUCACCAGCCCCAUCUCCCCCCUCAGCCCCCUCACUCCUAAAUAUGGCAGCUUUAUCAGUCGGGACAACUCUCUCACUGGCAUUAACGAGUUUGCCUCAUCCCUGGGAACCUCCUUUAUAGACAGUGUGCUCAUCGACUGCUACACUGGACAGCCAUCGCCACAGCCCCUUGACCCAGACACUGCAGCCCGACCCCUGCCUCCAGGGGACACCCCACCUCUCCAGGGAUCUCAGCCUGGAACAGGUUCACAGUCCGGAGCAGUAGCAGUGACAGUGACCCUGGCUGGGGCAGGAUCCCGGGCCGGGGCAGGGGAGGCUCAGAUGGGGGGAGGGUCCCAUCGAGGUUCAUCCGCUAGUAUCUUGAAGCGCCCUCAGAGCCUUGCGCUGGUGGAGGAGUCCAUGGUGACCCAGAGUGGAGGGAUGGAAAAUGGCCGCAGAAGAACAGUGACCUUCAGUCAGCAGGUGGCAAAUAUUCUGCUGAAUGGGGUGCGCUAUGAGAGUGACCUGAGUGAAAAUGUGGAGACAGCAGAUUCACAGAUGUCAUUGAGGAUGCUGUGUAUCGCCAUCUACAGGAUGCCUCCAUCACUGCGCAGCCUCUGCACAAACCAUUUUUUGGGUUGGCUGUCCUUUGAGGGCAUGCUGCUGUUCUACACUGACUUCAUGGGGGAGGUAGUGUUUGAGGGAGACCCCAGAGCACCCCAUGACUCUGAGGCCUACCAACGCUACAAUGCUGGGGUCAGCAUGGGCUGCUGGGGCAUGUGCAUCUAUGCAUUCAGUGCUGCCUUUUACUCAGCCAUGUUGGAGAAGCUGGAGGAACGUUUCUCCCUCCGCUCUCUCUAUUUCUUUGCCUACCUGGUGUUUGGCCUUGGCACAGGCCUUGCUACGCUCUCCACCAACAUUUAUGUGGUGCUGUCUCUCUGUAUCACCUACGGGGUGCUAUUCUCCACUCUAUGCACGCUACCUUACUCUCUGCUGUGUGAAUACUACCAGAGCCCGCAGUUCUGUGGAUCGUCAGAGGACGGCACCAGGAGAGGAAUGGGGGUGGACAUCUCUCUGCUCAGCUGCCAGUAUUUCCUGGCUCAGAUCAUAGUGUCCGUGUCGAUGGGACCUCUGACCUCACUGGUAGGCGGGGCCCAGGGAGUGAUGUACUUUUCCAGCGUGAUGUCAUUCGUGGGCUGUCUGUACUCCUCCCUCUGCGUGGUGUACCAUCUGCCCCCCCCUGAGGGUGAGCCUUCCGGAAGCGAGACCCAGCCACUACUUGUGCACAUUUAGCCCCCCUCACUGCUCUACACUCUCGCACUGCAGUCACAACACACACCGCAUAUAGUCUACACACUGUCACUCUCUCACACUGCUCAGCAUAGCUCCUCUCAAGAGCUUAGACCGACAGACACAUUUGCCACUGUUGUCAGUAUGUUGGAUAGUGCGUCCAUGCAUUUCUUUCUGCUCAUUUCCACUAAAACAUGUGAUGUUGAUGGCGUGUCUGUGUGCAUGCCUGAUUAUUCUGCUGUCAGUAGAGCCUUUUUCUUCAUCACUACUUCUUGAUUUUGAUGUUAGAUUUAGGCUGCUGCCCACCAAAUAUAAAAUACUUAUAGCCUCUACAUACCCUAUUAUUAAUGAAAACUAUGUUUGAGGGGGUUCAUUGUUUUGGUCUUGUAACUGCUUGCGGUGUAGCCUCAAUGCCUUCUGUUUUCGUCUCAUGGCCAAGAGAAUGUAUACCUACCUGCCUGUUUCUCUGAGUUAGCACAUCCCCCUGUAUGACCUUUGCUUGAAGCCCUAAAUUCAUGUAAGCACAGUAACACAUCUAGACACAGACACACAAUACAACACACACACGCCAUAUAGUACUGCAUUCACUCGGUUUUCACUAUGUGAACAUUAGAGCCAAGCAUGUGCCCUCCUGAUCAGGCUUACAUCUUUCUCACCAGUCAACCAGAUUAUUAUUUUACAUUUACAUUUUAGUCAUUUAGCAGACGCUCUUAUCCAGAGCGACUUACAGUAGUGAAUGCAUACAUUUCAUACAAUUUCAUACAUUUUUUUCUGUGCUGAUUAUUAUGGUCAUUAUUUACCAUUUUGACUUGACAGUCACCAAUGCGUUCACAAACAUACACACAGACAAACCCUUUACUAAGCCAUGGACUUCAAUCUGACCUGUCACUCAGCUACUGGUGUGACCGUUGUAAUGACAGUGAUUCUUGUCAUUACCAGGAAGAGAAGUUGAAACUGGGGUGUGAUUCGGCAUUCCAUCGGAAACCGAACAAAAAAGAAGAACAAAUCUGUUUGGUGGCAAGAAUUAAUUCAAGAAAAUACAUGUGAACUAUGCUAUCGAUGAUGGAGCUGGACAACUUUGAGAGGGAAGAAUUUUGGGUUCAUUUUUUGCCAACAGCAAGUGCUUAUUUUCACCAGUAGGGCGCAUGCUUUAGUUAGUGUUUAGGCUUGUUUCACCACACUAUACCCAAACUGGCUCACUGGAUUGAUCCUCUCAAGUUUGGGAUAGUUAUCCAGUCUCCUCACACACCACACUUAUUCACUCAAUCAUUCAUUUAGAUUCUAUACAGCUGAAAUAACAGUUCGUCUUCCAUGUUCACCAAGCAGCCAAUGAAAACAUUGGUGAAAUAAUUACUUUUCAUUUUUUUUUUUUAAUCUGGGACAGGCUAAAAUAGCUUGCUUGGCAUUGCUUGCCUUGGACAUCACAAUGUAAUUGACACUUUUUUUAAUGAAUUGUCACAACUCAUGCCUGCGUGAGUCACCUAGAGCUGGUGAUGGCUCAGCGGAAUGUUGAUCAGGGUCUCCCACUAAAGCCUCCCUAACAGACUGGACACAUGCCAUGAUGAUGUCAUGUGUCUGACUGGUUUCUUGUGAGGAAACAGGACCUGUAUGGAGGACCAUCAUGCUGUUCCAACUUGCUUCAAUUCAACAAAAUAACAUUUCUAGUAUUUUACAAUAAAAUGUGUCUUCUGAUGGUUCUUUUUCAUCCAUAAUUCCAAUAUUAUGUUACUGAAACAGCUACUUAACCUCAGGGUAGAGUUCAAUUAAAAUAACAAAUUUGACUUUUUUGGGUCUGUUGUUUUUUUAUUAAACUCACUUUAGCAUAGAAUUUCAAGCGUCCUAUAGGUUUUCUAUCUAUGCAGAUAAUUAUGCAUAUUAUAAGUUUCCUUUAUGAUCAGUUUACUUGUAAAAUGUUGGUAUUAGAUUUACAGCUAUUAUGUAUUUUGAAUUCAGACAUACAGUAUUAUGUAGCCAUUAUUUAUAACUGGUCACUGACCUGAAAACCUACAUUCACAUAACCAUGUGAUAACGGUUCUAUCAGAGUUGUGAUUGUCACCAAUCAACCCUGCCCGGAGUCAACCCACAAUACCAGUUUGUACCACUAGGUGGAGCUGUAAACUGCAUCUUGUCAGGAGUACUUCAAUGGAUUGAUGUGUACAGACAGUUCAAUGGAAAAACCCAGAUGCUAAGAUUAUGAGAAUCCCUCCCUCUCCCAGUAACAACGAUCAGUUUGAGAAUUACUCCUGUUCCUCCAACUAAACCAUUCAUAUUCAGUCUUAUACUAAAUGAGGUCAACUGACAUCAAUGCUUACAUGGCUAGGACAAUUUUAACAAUUUAAUAAGAUAUACUUUCAGUUCAAACACUAGUAUCACAAUUGUAAUUUGGUUAUAACACUAAAAAGCUAUUCAGCAUCUUAUUUAAGAACAGACGUGAAAAGCUACACUGAACUAUCAGUCUAUGCAAAAUAACAAAAAUGGGUAAAAAGACAAGACUGAUUUAUUUAAUCAUCAAGAACCAGAAUAUACAAAGCAGUGGUCGAAGCAACCAAAUAGCAAUCAUGAAAUAUAACUGCACAAGAAGAGACUAAGAACACCAGGGUGGGAAUGAUGUUGAUAAAGACCGUUGUAGACACAAUUUCUGAGUCACCCAGACAUAACAUAAUAACCUAAAAUGAAACCAAAAAAACACAGUAUCUUGGGUACAAAUGGUACACACUUGUGUGAAAUGCAUACAGAACAUGACCAAAGCCUUAAGAUUUAAGAGGGGGUAAUUAACAUUGCAGAAGCCAGCCCCCCAAACAGGGUCAAGCAUCUUUUAUCAUGGAGGCGUUCUUCCAUUUGUGCCAUCUGUUGUGUUAACAGAUCAGCCUGGCAAAGGAUUAACUACUAGCAGCAGUAAACAAAAAGGAUUAAAAAAGCCUGAAUUAAUAAUGCUAACAAUAGUCCAUUAGCCCCUGCUUAAAACUUAUCUUUGGUCUUCAGUGAGUCUGAGAAGUCACCCUGAACAUGUGGAGAAGGUUACAGCUGUCUGUCUCUGAAUCAGCUGGUCAGCAGUUAACUAUGUAGAGAAUGUGCUUAACUCAUACGAAUACAAAAGAACAAAACUGAUAAAAUAGCACGGAUUCUAUUUGCACAGGUUGUUUUGUUUUUUUAAGUUUGCUUAAGAAACCAAUAAAUAACAGUUUAUAAAAAGAGAGGAGAGGCCUCUAUGUUUUAGGACUCCAGUGCAAUGUAAUAUCUUGGGGACAAACAAAAUCUGUAAAGCAUACAUAAA